AAACCAUGUUGUUGUCAUUAAUCCAUUUAAUUGUGUGACUCCUAUCCAUGCAGAAGUUAGCUGGUGCAACGCUGCUAGUGUUUGCCAAUAAACAGGACUUACCAGGAGCCCUGUCAGAGGCAAUACAAGAGGUGUGGGUGGUGGACAGCGCAGACAGACUCAGACUGGAGGACUGCAGAAAGGAGCUAAGUUCACUGCUGCUGGAGGAGAGGUUAGCUGGUGCAACGCUGCUAGUGUUUGCCAACAAACAGGACUUACCAGGAGCCCUGUCAAGAGGCAAUACAAGGCUCUGGCCCUGGAUGACAUCAAAAGCCAUCACUGGUGCAUCAUUGGUUGCAGUGCAGUUACAGGAAAUAAUGUUAAUUUUGUAUUUGUAUAAACAGCUGCCUCAUGUUUAA